CGCAGGAGAAGACAGGCUCUCUCUGCUGCCUGCCUGCUACUGUGCACGCUCUGACCAGCGCUACCCACGGUCCCCAUGGUGGGCUGCCCCCGAGGCGGGGACCCAAGAUCAACAGCGGCAUGCCAGGAAAACCCAAGCACCUGGGUGUCCCCAACGGGCGCAUGGUUCUGGCUGUUUCAGAUGGAGAGCUGAGCAACCCAGCGGGGUCCCAGGGCCAGGGCGAGGGCCGAGGCAGUUCCCUCAGCAUCCACAGUCUCCCCAGUGGGCCCAGCAGCCCCUUCCCCACCGAGGAGCAGCCUGUGGCUGGCUGGGCCUUGUCCUUUGAGCGCCUGCUGCAAGACCCACUGGGCCUUGCUUACUUCACUGAAUUCCUGAAGAAGGAGUUCAGCGCGGAGAACGUGACUUUCUGGAAGGCUUGUGAGCGCUUCCAGCAGAUUCCAGCCAGCGACACCGAGCAGCUAGCUCAGGAGGCCCGCAACAUCUACCAGGAGUUCCUGUCCAGCCAGGCACUGAGCCCGGUGAACAUCGACAGACAGGCCUGGCUGGGCGAGGAGGUGCUGGCUCAGCCCCGGCCGGAUAUGUUUCGGGCGCAGCAACUUCAGAUCUUCAACCUGAUGAAAUUCGACAGCUAUGCACGCUUCGUCAAAUCGCCGCUCUACCGAGAGUGUCUACUGGCAGAGGCCGAGGGGCGCCCCUUAAGAGAACCUGGCUCUUCGAGCCUCGGUAGCCCGGAUACCACACGGAAGAAGCCGAAACUGAAGCCUGGGAAGUCGCUGCCCUUGGGCGUGGAGGAAUUGGGGCAGCUGCCACUACCUGAGGGUCACGGCGGCCGCCCACUCCGCAAAUCCUUCCGCAAAGAGCUGGACAGCAAGUCCACACACUUGGCCUUGCGCCGAGAAUCUCAGGGCUCCCUCAAUUCCUCAGCCAGUCUGGACCUCGGCUUCCUUGCUUUCAUCAGCAACAAAUCUGAGAGCCAGAGCCACCGAAAGAGCCUUGGGAGCACCGAGGGUGAGACUGAAAGCCAGCCUGGGAGGUACUGCUGUGUGUACCUGCCUGACGGCACAGCUUCCUUGGCCCUGGCUCGACCUGGUCUCACCAUCCGUGACAUGCUGGCAGGCAUCUGUGAGAAGCGAGGCCUCUCCCUACCUGACAUCAAAGUCUACCUGGUGGGCAAUGAGCAGAAACCCCUGGUCCUGGAUCAGGAUUGUACAGUGCUGGCAGACCAGGAAGUGCGGCUGGAGAACAGGGUCACCUUCGACCUAGGGGUCCUGUGCAGGCUCGAGCUGGCAGUGCUGGAGCGCGUGGUGCGGAUUUCUGCAAAACCCACUAAGCGACUGCAGGAAGCUCUGCAGCCCAUCCUGGCAAAGCAUGGCCUCAGCCUGGAACAGGUGGCUCUGCACCGGGUGAGCCAAGGGGCAGCUGGCCAGGGGUGGUUCUGGGUGGCAGGGAGCUGGUUACCUAUCCCAAAAGCUGCUGACCUCUCCCCACAGCCAGGUGAGAAGCAACUGCUGGAUCUAGAGAAGCUAGUGAGCUCAGUGGCCGCCCAGAGACUGGUCUUGGACACCCCUGCAGGUGCAAAGAUCAGUGGAGCCAGUAAUAUAUCCCCCUCCUCCAGCCCGGGAGACCCUCCUAGGGCCCAGGACAAGGCCACUCAUCUCUCUCCACAGCUCCCCAGUUCUCUUCUGGAGGUGCCCAGUAGUACCACUGGGAAACGGCAGACUUGUGACAUUGAAGGCCUGGUAGAGCUGCUGAACCGGGUGCAGAGCUGUGGGGCCCAUGACCAGAGGGGCCUUCUUCGAAAAGAGGACCUGGUACUUCCAGAAUUUCUACAGCUGCCUGCCCAACAGCCCAACUCCCCAGAGGCUCCACUACAGACCAAAUCAGCUACCCAGCCCAGGGGGAGCCCCUCAGAUUCCACUACCCACUCAGCCUUCUGACACUUUAUUCACAGCCCAGGCUGGCUGUAUGGCACCUGGCGGGCCAAGCAUGCCAUGGGUCCGCUCUGCAUGCCCUGUCUGUGCCAUGAGUGUCCCUGGCCAUUUCCUGCCAUGGGCAGGCCCACAGGAAGAGCCAGGAGGAGGGUGACUCAGAGGAGCCAUGUCCCACAGCUGCCACCACCUGGUCUCUCAGAUGCUCACCCAUCUGUCUGCAGCAGGCACCAGGAGGGUGUGGCCCUACUCCUUGGUGCAGCUGUGCCCAUCAUGGAGGGGUGGCAUGGGCAGUGCCAGCCUCCCCAGCCUGUGCCAAGUUUCAGCAGGGGGCAAAAGGAGGGGCUGGCCCCUCCUUAGGGAGUGGAUGAGAUUAAGGCUUAGGGGUGCAGGUGGGUAGCCCCUUCCUAUGCCCACAGAGACUCUAUUGUACAUAUGGAUUUUGCAGUUGGCUUGGGGCAGCUG